UGCCGGCUGCCGCCUCCAUUACCCCCCAUUCCCUUCCUCCCAAACGGUUGCCCGUUCCCCCCUUCCCUCCUAAAACCUCCUCCCCCUACAGCGCGCACGAGCGCUCGCGUCGACGCUAACCGCUCGUGCGCGCUCUCUUACGCGGCCCCCGCUGCCAAGAACUCACGCUGCGGGACAGGGGGUUGAGGAGGAGAGCGGCGGCGGCGGCGGAGGAGGAGGAUUUGUCUGGUCCGAUAUUCCCGGCCGAGAUGAAGUACGUGCUGGUCACCGGCGGGGUGGUGAGCGGGCUCGGCAAGGGCGUCACGGCCAGCAGCAUCGGCGUCGUCCUCAAGGCGUGCGGCCUCCGCAUUACGUCCAUCAAGAUUGAUCCUUACCUUAACACUGAUGCUGGGACUAUGUCCCCAUUUGAACAUGGUGAAGUGUUCGUGUUGGAUGAUGGUGGCGAGGUGGACUUGGAUCUUGGGAAUUAUGAGAGGUUUCUCGACAUUAAACUGACUCGGGACAAUAAUAUAACCACCGGAAAGAUCUAUCAGUCUGUAAUUGACAAGGAGAGGAAGGGGGAAUACUUGGGAAAGACUGUCCAGGUGUGGAUCAUCUCAUGUGGACUUAAGUUUGUUUUUGUCUGUCCUUGUAGCUUCUGCUUGUAUGUUUGUUCUCGUGCUGAUCGUCGAAGCAAUUUAAUUUUUAAGGUUGUGCCACACAUCACAAAUGCCAUACAAGAGUGGAUCGAGCGUGUUGCUAUGAUACCAGUGGAUGGCAAGGAGGGACCAGCUGAUGUCUGCGUGAUAGAACUAGGGGGCACUAUAGGGGAUAUCGAAUCUAUGCCAUUUAUUGAAGCUUUGGGUCAAUUCUCUUAUCGUGUUGGUCCUGGGAACUUCUGUUUGGUGCAUGUCAGUCUAGUUCCAGUUCUGAAUGUUGUUGGUGAACAGAAAACAAAGCCAACCCAACAUAGUGUGCGUGGUUUAAGGGGACUCGGGCUCACCCCAAAUAUUCUAGCUUGCCGCAGUACAAAGGAAUUGGAGGAUAAUGUGAAGGAAAAACUGUCCCAGUUCUGCCAUGUGCCGGCAACAAAUAUUGUCACACUGUAUGAUGUUUCCAAUAUCUGGCGCAUUCCUUUGUUGCUAAAGGACCAAAAGGCACAUGAGGCUAUUCUCAAAGUUCUGAACCUUGAAAGCUUUGCUCGGGAGCCAAAGUUGGAUGAAUGGGUCACAAGAGCUACUAUAUUUGACGCCCUUCAAGACACUGUGAGGAUUGCUAUGGUUGGGAAGUACACUGGCUUAUCAGAUUCAUACCUCUCCGUGUUGAAAGCCCUUUUGCAUGCUUCUGUUGAUUGCCGCAAGAAGCUUGUUGUUGAUUGGGUUGCUUCUACAGAUCUUGAGGACUCCACUGCUAUUGAGGCACCUGAUGCAUAUAAAGAAGCGUGGAAUUUAUUGAAGGGGGCAGAUGGAAUUUUAGUACCUGGUGGAUUUGGUGACAGAGGUGUUCAAGGGAAAAUUCUGGCUGCUAAGUAUGCCCGUGAAAACAAUGUACCAUAUCUUGGUAUAUGUCUCGGAAUGCAGAUUGCUGUGGUGGAGUUUGCUCGUCAUGUCAUGAACCUAUCUGGUGCUAACAGCACUGAAUUUGAUCCUAAUACCAAGACCCCGUGUGUUAUUUUUAUGCCUGAGGGUUCCAAAACACAUAUGGGUGGGACAAUGCGUCUAGGCUCAAGGAGGACAUUUUUCAAGGUUGCCGAUUGCAAGUCUUCUAAAUUGUACGGCAAUGUCUCUUAUGUAGACGAGAGGCAUCGGCACAGAUAUGAGGUGAACCCAGAUAUGGUUCCAGAGUUUGAAAAUGCUGGGCUUCAGUUUGUUGGCAAAGAUGAUACUGGAAGGAGGAUGGAGAUUAUUGAAAUACCCAAUCACCGAUAUUUUGUUGGUGCACAAUUCCAUCCCGAGUUCAAGUCAAGACCUUCAAAACCUUCUCCCCUAUUUGUGGGAUUAAUCGCUGCUUCAUCUGGGCAAUUGGAUAGGAUGCUGCAGGACUGUUGCAAUGGCCAUGUGGUUUCAGCUAAACAUUCUUUAAGCAAUGGCUCUUACACUUCUACAGUACACCAAAAUGGGCAUGCGAAGAAGCUUGCCAAUGGUCUUUCAAAUGGAACGUACUAUGCAAAUGGCAAUGGUGUGCAUGCUUAGUGCAUCAGUAGGUGGCCCAAGGACUUGCAACUUUUUACUUCAUUUCUGCAGUUCAUGUUGCAUCAGUUUUGUCGUGUUUGACUCAAUUGUCAUGGUCGCUCGAGGAAGAAAAAGUUCUUGCGCUCGUUGCGGACUGUCUGCAGGGGACGGUGCUCGUUCGGUGGUUUUUAGAGAAGGAACCGAGCUGGAUCUCUUUGAAGGCGUGAGAUAGUGGCUUUUGCGUUCUCUACCCUCUUCUGUAGUCUAAUAGAGCAGAUUUGGGUCAGAAGAGUUUUUAUGCUGUAUAUCUGAAAGAAAGGCUGAAUGUUUUUGUUACUUAAAAUGAAUGAGAGUUUCGGUGUUAGGCAGUCUGUAUUUGGACACAGUUUUAUGUGCUUUUGCACAAAUAAGUCAAUGCUCUGCAUGAUUGUAUCA